AUGCCAUAUACAAAGCUGUGGGCCGAUGAUGAGCAGCGCUACACCGGCGAAUGGGCCGCGCAGAUGAUGGAUCGGAUUCACCUCUGUGUCGCGACAGGUCUGCUACUCGCUGGAACUGUCGUCGCCUGGGCAACCGUCUGCGAGGAGAUCGACGUCGACUUCAUGAUUGCCGUGGUGGCCGUGCUCGGGGGUGUGUUCCUGUACUUCUUCUCGUUCCACAUCUUCUUCGCCUACUGGUUCACCAAGAAGAGCAGCCCCAUCGUCGUGCUGAAAUAUCUUCUGAUCGUACUUGCUGGGCUCUCAGUGCUUCCCUGCAUCAUUAUUCUCGCCACCGGGAUGCGCUCCGUCGCCCAUUUUAUUGUCUUCCUCUUGCUCAUCCCGCUCCAAGCCUACGCAGCUCUGAUCUGGCAUAAGGUGGCUGAACACAUGAUUGCUGGCAAGGACUACAAGCAGGUCGGCCUACUGUGCGGCCUGCGAUUCCGCAUUCACUUUGAGGUGAAGGAG